GGGGCCGGGCUCGGCGCGGAGCCGGGCUUAGCCGCCUCCCAGACAUGCGUCCCGGCUCCUUGUGAUAUUCCACCGGAUCGGCCGGGACUUUGCCUCACCACACCGGGAGUUCCUUGACCGCAAAAGAAAGGUGCGGGCGCCAGCCGCGGGCAGCUUGGCGAUGGCACCAGCCCGGGGCUGUGCCCAGCCUGUCGGCUGCCUGGGAGCCUGAUGGCCACAAGGGUCCGGCCACGGGCGGCCGGAGAGAAGACCGCACAGCGGGAGACGGCACCGAAGUGAUGGGCUGAACUUAUGGGAGGAACCAGCACCUAUCCAGGCAGGGGUCUGGGGACCCACUGGGAAGCGUGAAGGGCCCAUUUCAGUAAGGGCAUGGCCAAAGCUUUCUUCAGGCUACAGAAGUUUCUUCGGCGGACCCAAUUUCUGCUCUUUUUCCUGACAGCUGCUUACCUAAUGGCUGGCAGCCUCCUGCUGCUGCAGCGGACCCGCCUGGUGGUCCAGCAGGGGUCACGCGGGACCUCCGCCGGGCAGGCCCUGCUGGUGCCGGAGGCGAUGCUGGGCGCUGGGCUGGCAGACCCCCGGGCGGCACAGAGCCCCCAUCCCAGGCUGCUGGCGGGCAUGGCCACGCUGCAGGAGCUGGCGCCGGCCCAGCGGCACGGCCCGCACUGGCUCACGUCCCGCAACUCGGAGUUGAGGCAGCUGAGAAGAAGGUGGUUCCACAGGUUCAUCAGCGAUCAGGAGCCCAUGCAAACAGCAGGACUCAAAGCGAUGAAGCAUACUGCUGAACACAAAGGUACCUACAUGGGAUGCUUCAGUGAUGAUUCGAGGGAGAGGACACUGAAGGGUGCUGUGUUUUAUGACUUAAGAAAAAUGACAGUAUCUCACUGUCAGGAAGCUUGUGCUGAGAGGGCUUACACCUACGCGGGCCUGGCAUACGGAGCAGAGUGCUACUGCGGGAACAAGCUCCCAGUCACUGCCUCCAGGCCUGAGGAGUGCAACAGCGAGUGCAAGGGCGAGAAGGGCUCCAUCUGUGGCGGGGUGAACCGGCUGUCUGUCUACAGGGUGGAGGAGCUGUGGGCAGCGGCACCACGACGGAGGAAUGUUAUCUAUCGAGGAUGUUUUAGAGCUCCAGAAAAUUUAACAGACACCUUUCCAGCCUCUUUGAUACAGCCCAAUUUGACGGUGGAGAUGUGCUCUGAAUUUUGCUCCAAGAAAGAAUUUCCCUUGGCAGUCAUCCGAGGGCGGGAGUGCUACUGCGGCUACCCCACUGGGCGCUUCUCGCUGCACAGCGGCGCAGACAGGCAGCUCUGCAGCGGGAUGCUCAACGUCAGCACUGCUGCCAGGGGGAAGUACUGCCUGGUCUACCAGACGCCAGUGCAAGACACCCGCUGCACAGACAGAAAAUUCUUAACCACUAAAUCCAAAGUAUUUGUUGCUUUGUCAAGUUUUCCUGGAGCUGGCAAUACAUGGGCUCGCCAUUUGAUAGAGCAUGCUACGGGCUACUACACGGGCAGCUAUUACUUCGAUGGAGCCCUCUACAACAAAGGUUUUAAAGGAGAAAAAGACCACUGGAGAAGUAGAAGGACCAUCUGCGUGAAAACUCAUGAAAGCGGCAAGACAGAGAUUGAAAUGUUUGACUCUGCCAUCCUGUUGAUAAGGAACCCGUACAAGUCGCUCAUGGCUGAGUUCAACAGGAAAUUCGCUGGGCACCUAGGCUAUGCCACGGACCGCAACUGGAAGAGCAAAGAGUGGCCUGAUUUCGUGAACAGCUAUGCCUCCUGGUGGGCCUCCCAUGUCCUGGACUGGCUGAAGUAUGGAAAACGCCUCCUUGUCAUCCACUAUGAGGACUUGAAACAGAGCCUCAUCCCCAAGCUGAAGGAGAUGGUGGAGUUCCUCAACAUGACAGUGACAGAGGACCGGCUGCUCUGCGUUGAGAACAAUAGGGAUGGGAAUUUCAAGCGGUCUGGUGCUAAGCAGAAGAAUUUUGAGCCAUUCACCCAGGAAAUGAAAGAUCUUAUCAACAGAUACAUCCUGACAGUGGAUGAAGCCCUGAGGGGAAGAAACUUCACAGGGCUACCCAGAGAGUAUGUGCCAAGAUGAUAGUGUGGUAGCACUCAGCUAUGUUUAGAAAUAUAUAUUUUUUUUCAUAAAAAAAAGACCUGUAUAGCAGCUAAAGCAAAGAUACUUGUGGAAUCUGCUGAGUAGUGCAAAUUCUCUCUACUCUUGGAUGUUCUUCAGGGCACUAAGAGCUCCAAAAGACAAAACAAAGGAUAGAAACCAAGGCAAAGCUACCAGCGUCUGCCUGCGUGUGCCCCUCUGUGCACAAACGGCCAGAACUCCGCAGCAAAGUGAUGCUGCUCCUGCAGCAGGCAUCCGCCACCAGGGUUGCUGGGGAUUUCACAGCUACCGAGUUGGAAUGGGUAUAUGUAAAGGGAGAAAAAAAGUCUUAACACUGACAAAUGAUUUUCAACGGAGCACUUAAGACAAUAAAUUCUGUUCUCAGCAUGGUCCAUGGCUUCCCUCUUCGGGUUUGCUGGCCAGGGCGGGCUCAAGGCUCCCUGUGGGAGCUGAAGCAAGCCCUUACCAGGCAGGGUGAGGGGAUCAGGCCCCCCAGGGAGCACCGAGGUGGUCUUGACAGAUGCUGAAGGCUGCACCACCACUCUCCAGAGCCAGCCAGCAAGGUGCUCGCCCCAGCUACUGCCGCUUGCUCCGCUUUGUGCCAGGGAGUACCCGGUGCUCAACAGCCACCAGCAUGGAAGCCUAUGAACGGCACAGCCUAAGGGACUGCAAGAUGCUUCUGUUCAUGUGAAAUAAAGGAUUUGUUGAAAACCUGCCCGAAAACAGUAGUUUUAAUAAAAUAAGGAGUUUGUAUAAAGG